AUGGGAACCUACGUGGAAGAAAGCUUCUCAGGGGAGGAGGAACAUGUCUUUCGAAGUCAAUAUCCACCUGUCCCUAUCCCUGACAAGGUGACUUUGCCAGAAUUUGUGCUCCAAAAUGCUGAACUUUAUGCUGACAAGGUUGCAUUUGUGGAUGCUGUGACUGGAAAAGGGGUGACUUACAGUGAGGUGGUGAGGGGUGUGCAGAGGUUUUCAAAGGCCUUAAGAUCUCUUGGUUUGAGGAAAGGGCAUGUUGUGAUUGUAGUGCUUCCAAAUGUGGUAGAAUAUGGCAUUGUUGCUUUGGGGAUAAUGGCUGCUGGUGGGGUGUUCUCAGGGGCAAAUCCAACUUCUCAUGUGUCAGAAAUUAAGAAACAGGCAGAGUCUGCAGAUGCCAAAUUAAUUGUCACAAAUACCACAACCUUUGAAAAGGUGAAGGGUCUAGAACUACCUAUUAUAGUGGUAGGAGAUGAAGUUGUUGAAGGUGGGAUGAAUUGGAAGAAGUUGCUUGCAGCAGCAGACAGGGCAGGUGAUGAUUUUGCAAAGGAGGCUAUUCAGCAGAAUGAUCUUUGUGCCAUGCCAUUCUCAUCAGGCACCACAGGAAUGUCAAAGGGUGUGAUGCUCACUCAUAGAAAUCUGGUGGCUAAUCUUUGCUCUACACUCUUCAGUGUGACUAGGGAAAUGGAGGGCCAGGUCACCACACUAGGCUUGAUUCCAUUCUUUCACAUCUAUGGCAUAGUAGGAAUAUGUUGUGCCACUCUUAGGACCAAAGGGAAAGUUGUGGUUAUGGGAAGGUUUGACUUGAAAAUGUUUCUCAAUGCCUUGAUCACACAUGAGAUCACCUUUGCAGCCAUUGUGCCCCCUAUCAUUCUCAGCUUGGUCAAAAAUCCCAUAGUAGAUGAAUUUGAUCUCACCAAGCUGAAACUGCAGGCCAUUAUGACUGCAGCAGCACCACUUGCACCAGAACUCCUUAAUGCUUUUGAACGUAAAUUCCCUGGCGUUGCUGUCCAAGAGGCAUAUGGACUUACUGAGCAUAGCUGCAUCACACUCACUGAUGCAGAGAAAGGAUUGGGAAGUCCUCAUAAAAAUUCAGUGGGCUUCGUCCUCCCAAAUUUGGAAGUCAAGUUUGUUGAUCCUGACACUGGUCGAUCCCUUCCCAGGAACACACCUGGGGAACUUUGUGUAAGAAGCCAAUGUGUUAUGCAAGGUUACUAUAAACAGGUGGAUGAGACUGCACAAACCAUCGACAGGAAUGGAUGGCUUCACACAGGUGACGUAGGAUUCAUAGAUGAUGAAGACAGUGUCUUUAUCAUUGAUCGUAUCAAGGAGUUGAUUAAAUACAAAGGCUUCCAAGUUGCUCCUGCAGAGUUAGAGGCCAUUUUGCUGAGUCAUUCAUCAGUUGAAGAUGCAGCUGUAGUGCCAUUGCCAGAUGAAGAGGCAGGGGAAAUCCCUGCUGCAAGUGUAGUUUUGAGCUCUGGUGCAAAAGAGAGUGAAGAGGACAUCAUGAACUAUGUUGCCAACAAUGUUGCACAUUACAAGAAAGUGAGAGUGGUGCACUUUGAGGAAACCAUACCAAAGUCACCCUCUGGGAAAAUAAUGAGGAGGCUCAUUAAAGAGAAGAUGGUUGAAAAAAUAAAGACAAGUUCCUUAACAAAAUCUAAGAAUGUUUAA